AGGCUGAGGCUAUUAUAUGCCGAUCACAAGAUGAUUGAUACCCGUAAUAAACAUUCGUCUGCCGUCCGUUAGAUGAGCAUCGUCUUGGUAUGGGCGACUACAUAGUUUUGCAAAUUUCACGGUUGAUGCUGUGAGGAAACAUAGGUCUCGUCUCACGAAGCAAUUGAGUGAUGUCUGAAGAGAAAAAUAAAUAGAGUGGAUUGUACCGUAUAUAGAUCUAUUUGAUCGGUCCUUGAUUGGAAUAGACACGAGGCUGUUAAUCGCUCGCUCUCGAUGAACAUGUUUUCAGGGGCAACAGCACGCGUAGCGUUACGCGCUCGAACAAGGAGCACACUUCGUCUCCCUACUAAAAUGUCCAUGAGAAAGCUCCACGAAUUCUUCGUUGUAGUCCGGGACCGACCAGGUGCAAGCAGGGAGAACAUUCAUUUUGACCUACAGCCCCCUUUUUAUACAUUCGCGGGCGAGAUUCUCAACGCUGCUGCCCCUAUGGGCCCAGGCUCUGAUACCACAAUUCUCGGGAAUGCCUUUGCAUGUGUGGCUCGCGAUGAGAAUGAAGUUCGAACUAAAAUGAAGGACUCACAAUACUACAAACAGGGCAUAUGGGAGCUUUCUACCGUCGAGAUUUCACCUCUAGAGACUGUACAUCCAGGGAAGCCUCCAUUGUAA